GCGAAUGAAGUGGCGUUCUAUGGAGUUGGGAAAGCCACCGUUUUCCUUGGUUAGAUCUGAUCAGUGUUGAGCUAUUUUCCUGCAUGCCUCGAAGUGUAUUUUCGAUUUAGUGUAAGAGUUGUAUUUUUAAGACGGUGUCGUUGAACCAAUGCGCUAUCAUAUGGCUUCCGAGCAGGGCUCCAGAAGCGAGGCCAUCUCUUUGACCAACGGAAGCUUUAUAAUGAAUGGUGUCCCACACGGGGCUCUUGUCCCGCGGCCAGGUUACUGUUCUUCUCAGGACAUCGUGUGUUCACCUCUCAUGAAUGUUUCUUCUCGCGAGCCAAAACUGGAUUCUUUAGUGUCCGUUGAUUCGGAUAGUGAUUUACAAGACAGUGAUUUCGAUUCUGGAGGAAUUGCUGAAGCAGACACAACAGAUACUUCUGUAGAUCCCGCAUCUGAGCGUUUGGACAGUAAUAAAGAUGAUCCUGGAAAAGAUGGAAAGGGACAUCUGGUCAAACCCCCUUAUUCUUACAUUGCAUUGAUUACGAUGGCAAUUUUGCAUUCACCAGAGAAAAAGCUGACUCUAAGUGGAAUUUGCGAAUUUAUUCGUAAUCGCUUUAGCUUUUACAAGGCUAAGUUUCCUGCAUGGCAAAAUUCAAUCCGCCACAAUUUAUCAUUGAAUGAUUGCUUUAUAAAAAUACCUCGCACACCUGAAUGUCCAGGAAAAGGGAAUUACUGGUCUCUUGAUCCAAAUGCUGAGGGGAUGUUCGACAACGGAAGUUUUUUAAGACGGCGAAAGCGUUAUAAAAGAGCAUCCCCUUAUAUAAAAGACGCAUCUGCUUUCAUGGCGGCUACACUGGAUCCAUAUAGACAUGGUCUCUUUGCUGGUCAUCCUCAUGUAGCUUUAGGCUAUCCUUACAUGCCUCAAUUGCCUCCCCCGGUACCACUCUUGACACCCCAGGACUUAGCAAGAGUCACCCUUCACCCUAUAAACCUAGGGGCGAUACAGCACUCUUUAGCGGGUGUGUGCGCUGGACCCGCUCCGAUAUUCGAUAACUCCGGCGAUGUCACCACCACCUCACCCCAGUGUACCAAAGUUGCGCAUCCUCCCAAACCGAGCUUCUCCAUCGAAAGGAUAAUUGGGGAAGCCAAAACGGCUGAUGUGAAGCCGGAGAUGCUACGCCCCAAUAUGCCGAUUUUGUCCCGUGGGCCACCCCUUGAUACACCGUAUGGCUGUCAUCCCUUGGAAAAGUAUCGACAGUACUUGCAGACGUUCACAUCUCUUGAAGCUAAUGGUACAUGGUCACGAUGACCCAAAACUCUUCCAUCACUGUAGUGAUGUCACUUAUAGAAAAAGCACAUAAUUUCUGUUGUUAGAAAAUACAUUCAUGGAUGUCACUUUUAAGAAUCCGUUAAAUCUGGAAUUCAUUUAUGUUCCAAAUAACUGCACUCAUUAUUUUUACUGGAAAUAUUUAAAGUGAUAAUCUCGCUGGACGAACAAUUGUCUCAGCUUUCCAAAGUCUUCGAGAAAGAAUAAAACCAGGCACAAUUUGCAAUCUUUGUUUCAAAGGUUGAUAAGUUCCAGUAAAAGAACUAAAAAUACCAGUUAGAAAAGGUUAUUACUCAGUUAUGGUAAUUCUUUUGGAAUUUAAAGCUAGUCAUCAUUUUCAAUUUCAGAUAUAUAAAGUAAUAUGCUUUUGAAUGGUAAAAAUGUCUUUAUUUAAGAUCAUUAUGUUUUGUUACUAAAAUGUUUUUAGUUUAAGUGAAAAGCACAUUGUGCUUGUAUUUUUCUGCUAUUUAUUCAAUAGCGAUGCCCAUAAUCCAAGCUUAAUUUAGAUUUUGAAAGAAAUUAAGAGUUUUAUUGAUUUAUCGUUUUUCAAUCGAAGUUGUGUCUUAUCUUUUUUGAAAUAAAUCAUUCAAAAUUAACAAUUAUUAAAUUAUAUAGAUUGUUUACUUUGAAAUUCAAUUUUUAACUAUGCAGUAUUCCAAAUACGCGCAUACGAUGUUUUAUACUAAGGGCUAAAUUGUAUAAUAUUAUUGAAAGAAACUAAAAAAAGUUGACAUAACAUCGAAAUGUAUAUUUUAUACUGUAAUUUGUAUUUUAUUUCUAAGGUUAAUUAAGUAAUUUACUUAUACAGAACAUUUAAAUUGUAAGUUUUAAGAGUUCAUUUCAUAUUUAUAAUCUUGAAUUUUAUUGAAUUAAAUAAGUUUUGACUAAUAUAGUAAGCUUACUGAGUUAAAAGUAAGUGCUGAGUAAUGAGUUUACUGAGUUAAAUAAGUAAAUUUUAAUUAUAAGCAAAUAAUUAUAAUUUUUGCCAUCAGAUAAAAAAUAUAAUUUAAUUGAUGUACUAGAAAUAUUUAACUGAUAUUUCCGAUGCAGCCUGAUAAUUUUAGAUGAAAAUCUUAGAUGAAUACUUUAGCAAAGUUAAAAUAAGAAAGUGGUUGGAAUUCAUGAAAGCUAUUAAUCAUUUUUUAAAUUUAUUUAAAGCUUUGUGCGCAAUGGUAUAAUAUGUUCACUGUUAGCAUGUUCUUUAAAUUUGAGAAUUCGUUUUCAAAAUAUCACUUACACUGUUAGAAAAACAUGUUGAAUCAUAAUAUAGUUCUAAUAAGUUGAAACAUAUUAUCGUGCUUCAUAAGUUUCGAUAUUAUAAAUUAGAAACUUGGUUCAAUUUAACAACUUAUUCAGGCUGUAGCAAAUUUACGCCCUAUUAUGGUUUGAUAUUAAGGUUCAACAUUGAACCGAGUUUUUUAACAGUGUAGUCAGCAUUUUAUUAAAUAACUAUAUUUUAUAAUAAUAUUCAAAUUAACAUUGAUAUAUAUA